GUCUGAAUUGAAUGUAUACCGACAGCUAAAAAUACUUCGAUUUUGCAGCUGCACGGAGCUAAAUGUCUAAAAGAGCCCGGAUUCUUCCAUUCUAGUCUAGAGAUGCUUGAGUUUUUUGACGGUGAAUCUCUAUAUAACCAGCAAGAGGGACUUCCUACCUAUCCAUUAGGCACCGCUCCUUCCAAAUUGAGGAAUUUAAAUACCUAGCACCCAUUUCCAAUUUCUCCCACGAUCUUCACCACAAAGACAAGAUGGUUCUUCCCAGCGAACAACAACCUCUCCAAGGAGACAACUCUCUUUCCUAUACGCCCCAACGCUUCUUCUCAACAGCAGACUUCACCUCCGAAGAGGAGUUUUGUAACCACGCACUGGAGGCAGUUACUUCUGCGAGACACCACCAAGAGGUUGUAUACACCCAGGUUCCACUGGCCUGGGGAGAGGCUGCUUUCAAGUAUCUCGACGAGAAAGCUUCUUCUAGAAAACAUUACAACGUAGUCACCCGCACUUUCUGGAUUAGGAUCAUGCCUACUGAACUUCACGAUUGUCACCAGAUAUGGGUGAGAGACGAGAUGGUUCAGUGGCUACUUUGGGGUCUCUUGACCCCUAACGAAAUCCUUUACCAGCGAACCCGUGUCGGAACUACAAUCGAGUUUCAGUAUGCCCCUUAUGCCGGUUCUCGCAAAGAACCAGAUCUUCUGCUGCGUCCCGAUAAUCAGAGACUUCCUGUUCUUGUUAUCGAGUCAGGAUGGUCCGAAUCUAUUCCUCGGCUUAUGGAUGACAUGAAUCUUUGGCUGGUUGGGGGGAAUGGAACAGUGAAGAUGGCCAUUAUUCUCAAGUGGGAAACUAUCAGCAACACCAAUCAGGUCCGUGGAUUCGCCGAGGUCUACACUCUCGAUUCCAACGGGAUUCCCAUCAUGAGCCAGAGGGAGUCGAUCUUCCCAGUUCCCCCUAACGCGCAAGCGCAGGAGAUCAGACUGACCAAGCGUAUGCUUUUUGGUAACGCGGCCUCUCCUGGCAUGAACCCCAACAUCAAUUUGCCUCUGAAAUUGGAUCGCCUCAGGGUGGUAGCAAGGGAUGCGUUAUCCUUGAUGGGUCUUGUGCCGGCGUGAUCUACGGCCGGGUCGUUGCGCAUUUGGGGCAGGUGUGGAAUAUUUAGCUAUAUUAUUAAUUAGAAUGAAUCAACUAUAGAUAUAGUAGCCCAGAAUAUACUCGGAGGAGCCGAGACGGGCGAUAUAUUCCUUGAAAGGGUAAA